GCGCCACACACACACACACACACACACACACGCACAAACACACACACACAAAAACACACUCACACACACACACAAACACACACACUCUAACUAACAGAAACACAAGGGAGGGAAAACAUUGGAAACCUUGGGAAGGGAAAAAACAGGAAAACGCACGGGUUUCUGACUGGAUCAAGACACAAACUAAAAAUUCCACUGGAUUUACAAAAGAAUAUGCCACAAUGUCUGGAGAAGCUGAGGAGAAUUAUUACAGUGGAGCCGGUGAUUUUCUUUUACAUGACCAGCAACUUCAUCAUGCAGCCAGCUUAUCAAAACCUGGUCAUGGACAAGGUUUGCCAAGAACUAUAUAAGGACACAUCCAUAUGCAGUGACUCCGGGCAGAGAGAGAAUGAGGAAAUCGAGUCACGGUCCUCCUACAUCCUGCUGCUCUACACAGCCAUGACCAGUUUGGUAUCUAUCCCCCCAGCCAUAAUGUUGGGCUCCUGGUCUGACCAUGCUGGCCGCAGGUCAGUGAUGAUCCUGCCUUUCACGCUCUCACUGCUGAGUGGUGGAGUGCUGAUGGCUAUGGUACUGGUGCAGAGCCUGAGCGUCUACUGGUGCCUGCUGGCAGCCGCCUUCAUUGGCCUAACUGGUGGCCAUGUUUCCAUCUUCCUCAGCUCUUUCAGCUUCUUAGCUGACAUUACGGUGGAAUCAAGCUCUAGCCGCACUCUGCGCAUGGCUAUAGCUGAGUCUAUGAUCUUUGUAGGGGGCAUGGUGGGCUUUCUCCUGGGUGGCUUCCUGGAACAGGAGGUUGGCUUGGCGGCAGCUUUUGGAGCCUACAUUGCCUGCCAUGUUUUAGCCAUACUCUAUAUCCUGCUGUGGCUACAAGACCCCAGGCCAAUCAACAGCCCUUUAAGUUUCCUUUCUACUGAAAAUGGAAGGCAGGAGUCUGGAGCAUUUAUUCUGAAGUAUGCCAGGCUAUCCUUUAGGGCAGUGUUCAAGAGAAGGUCAGGUCAGGAUAGACUGAAACUGCAUCUCCUCAUCCUGUGCACCUUCAUAAACAACCUGGUAGCUAUUGGGGAUAAUUCUGUCUUACUGCUCUAUUUGAUGUAUGAGCCCAGAGAGUUCACAACUGCAAUAUUUGGAGUGUUUAACUCUGCCAGAAUGUUCUUGUUGGGAGUUGGUCUCUUGGGCCUGUUCCCUUUGCUGAUGCAUUGCUUUAAGGAGAUGACACUGGCAAAACUCAGCAUUGUGUUUAGAGUUGCCUCUUAUGUUCUGCUGGCUUUUUCCACCAACACAUUGAUGGUCUGUUGGGUGGCUAUAAUAGGCAUGCCAGGUGGGAUCACACAAGCAGUGAUUCGAUCAUUGUCCUCUGCCAUUGUGGGACCUGAUGAACAAGGUGCCAUGUUUUCCUUCUCAGCUUCAGUGGAGGCCACUUGCAUCCUCAUAGCUGCCACCAUAUUCAAUGGCCUGUACCCUCUGACCCUGCCUACAUUCCCUGGCAUGCCCUUCAUCAUCAUGGCUACAUUUUCCAUCAUUGUCUUCAUCCUUAUGCAGUGGAUAAGUGAAAUGCCAACCACUCAGCCUCGCCUGAUGCUGCAAGACGGAGAAUCUCUCUCACGGUCAUCCUAAAGACAGCUGUUUUAUGGUGCACUGAAGAUAAAUCGAAGCAAAUUUUACUCCCCACAGGGCCUUUAAUUGACCAAAAACAUGGCUAAUUUUGUGCCACUCUUGUGCGAUAGUACAACAUGUACUGUAUAUGUACAAUAGUCAUCCAUUUAUUGUCAUAAGUAUCUAUGUACAGUAUAUUAACACCUCAAAUGCUUAUAAUAAAACUAAAACCAAAA